GUCUCUCUCCUACGUGACCACCCUGGCGUGUUUUGCCUUGCUGCUUCUGGUGUUGAUCUACUACACAGUAGAUGUGAGGAGGUGGUGGUCUGGGGCUCCCUUCUACUACCCUGGUAUGAACUCCAUCCUGGUGUAUCGUGGGACACGAGGUCCUGGAGGAGUACUUCCCGUUCGCUGGCGCAUGGCCAACAACCAAUCCCACGCAGAGCACCUGACCCAAAACCUAUUGGCCACUUCCUGCUGGGUACUCAUCUCCUUCCUGCUGUACAGGAAGAACAUCUUCUGGAAGAUCUAG